AUGAAACAACAAACUGUGGUAGUCGACGCUGCUACUGUUCCUGCCACUCCAGCACUCGCCAAACAAUAUGAUGGAACUCUUCUAAAAUGUAAAAAUUGUAACUUUCAUCAUUAUGGAGCUUGCCGAGAGAUGCACUGCAAGAAUUACAACAUGAAGGGGCACACAACCUGCUUCUGUAAGGCACCGACACAACAAACCACCCCAGCCACUAAUAUCAGAGUAAGUCAGGCUUGCUAUGGAUGUGGUGAAAUAGGGCAUUUCAAGAGGGAUUGUCCAAAAACUAGGAAUAACGGAGGUGUGGGAAGAAGUUUAAUAAUGGGGCAUGAGGAGGCCAUGAAUGAUCCCACCAUGGUUACUUUCCUCCUCAAUAAUUCAUAUGCAUGCAUACUUUUUGAUAGUGGUGCGGAGAAAAGUUUCGUGAGCUACAAGUUUAAACACUUACUUAAACAAAAUCCCCAAUCACUAAAUGACACGUUCACCGUAGAAAUGGCAAAUGGUAAGGCAGAGAGCACUAACGAUAUAUGCAUAGGAUGUACCCUCACUCUAAACAAAUAUUCCUUCCAAAUCGACCUGAUGUCGGUCACAAUAAAAAGUUUUGACGUCGUCCUUGGCAUGGAUUCGUUAAGUUCUCACCAUGAUGAUAUCUUGUGUUACGAAAAAACCAUUCACGUUAAUCUGCCAAGUAGCAAAACCCUCAUCAUUUAUGGUGACAAACCUGGAACGAACCUUCGAAUCAUUUCAUGCGUCAAGGCUCAAAAGUAUCUACGCAAGGAAUGCCAUGCCUUCUUAGCCCACGUGGUGGAUGAGAAAAAAGAAGUGAAGGACAUCAAGGAUAUUCCUGAAGUAUGUAACUUCCCCGACAUAUUUCCCGAAGAUCUCCUAGUAGUACCUCCCGAACGCCAAGUCAAGUUCAGAAUUGACUUGAUUCCUGGAGCCACACCUGUAGCCAAAUCCCCAUACCACUUUGCACCAGCAGAAAUGCAGGAAUGGUCCAGUCAACUAAACAAACUGCUAAGAAAAAGAUUCUUUAGACCAAGCUUCUCGCCUUGGGGAGCAUUGGUCUUGUACGUGAAGAAGAAGGAUCGAUCAUUUCGCAUGUGCAUAUACUACCAAGAACUAAAUAAACUCACCAUCAAAUACUGA